AUGGCCUCUUCGAGUUCUGCGUCCCCUUCCGCUCCGCCGCCCAAGUCCUGCCGAGGGCCCCUCCUGCACGAGCUCGUCACCUACAAAUUCCCGCCUGAACAGGAAAAAAGUAAAUGUGAGGAUGGGCUGAUCUCGCAAAGCUUGUGCUGCGUCAUCAUCCCCCACGAGUUGCACGGCUAUCCGGUUGUACUUCAAUCCGGUCAGCGAGGCGAAUUCCAGCUGCUCCAGGAAAUUGCUUCGGCAAAAGGUGACCAGGAUAUGACCUACGGUCCUGGUGAUCCGAAUCUGCUGUUGAGCCCGGCGGAGAUGGAACAGGUGUGGCAGGACAUAGAUCCCGACGUGAGGGAAAAAUAUGAGCAGAACCAGCUGGCUGUUGCUCCUUCUGCGCCGCAUGAGGAGGAUGGAUACGCCAGUGAUACUACAGAUCCUGAACCCAAUCCGGCCGAUUAUCCAGUUGGUGGAGAGGCCGAUGUUACCCCAACUAUGAUCUCUUUUGAAAACGUGACGCACGCGAAAGGGCAGGUCGGAGGAGAUGGAGAAGUCUCGGAGGAUGAAGACGAAGUCAAGCACUGUCUUGACAAAACUCAACAGACAUACGAAGCGGUUAAAGAGGAGGCGGAAAACGUCGACGCACCGAGGGAUGACGGCGAAUGGAAAGAACUUGAAACGGAAGCUCUAGCCGAUCAGAUCGAUCAAAUGGCCCUGGAGCCGUCGGCUGAAUUCGGAAAAGGAUGCGGCACCGAGCCGAAAGAAACUGAGGUCGAGCCCAAAGGGACUGAGAAUGAUAUGGACCUGAAUCCUAAUAAUUCCGAGAUAACUCCCAACGCUACGGAGGAGCAUGAGCAGCACCUCGACAACGACAAACUUAGCUCGGGUGUGGAAGCGGCUAAGAAGCUUAGAAAGCAGCGCGAACCCAAGAGACCGGAAGCCCCGGUUGAAGCUCCGACUCGCCCUGUUCGUGAGAAGCGUGUUCCCCACAAACAGAAGUUUUUGGAUCAAUCGCCCCCGCCUGCAAAGAGGGGCCGCCCGCCUCGAGGCAAUUCGGCCAAAGGGAAGGGCAAGGAUACCGAAGCCCAAAAAGAGUUGAACAAGCCGAUCGACAAGCCGGCCGCGAUGGGGCCGACCGACCAGAAUAUGGAUGAGCUUGAGGAUCACGAUGACGCUCUUCCGGAGGAAACUACCGCUGAAGCUGAUCUGCAGCCACCAACUCUGGAGGAAGAGCGCAAGUUGCCCAAGGCUGUUGGAGCUGUUCGAACCCCCUCUGCCGCACGUUUCAAGAGGCCACGCCCCGACCCGACUACCAAAAUCUCAACUCGCGGAAGAGCUGUUGCUCCUUUGGCGGAGCCCCUGCCACCACCCACACGUCGCCGCCGAUCCAAGAAGCCGAUGGGAACUGAGGAAAACGUUGAAGAAAAUACGGCCAUUUGUAUGCGAAUCCCAGAUGAAGGAGGUCCAGCUCAAACCGUAAAUGUCAAUGGUAUCCUUCGUUGUCACGGAAAACCGUAUGCGGAAGCGAAAUUGAAACUAUUUGAUCAUGACAAAUAUUCUAUGGAUGAUCAAAUCAGCGUAACAAUAUAUCCAGAUGCUAAUGGCACCUUUUCUAUUACGGGAACCGGCUACGAAGAACGACUAUCAGUUUGGUUGUAUAUUUUUCAUAAUUGUGGCGCCAAUGUGGGAUGGUGUUGGUACGUUACAACCUUCAAAAUCCAUAACGAAUAUUUGAGCCCUGGAGAGUAUGGUGAUCCGGAAAAAGUGCUAAACCUGUACCACAUCGACCUCAAUACCCUGGAUCACGAAAUCGAUUGCAUAAAC